AGGUGAGGCAAGUGAUGUUUAUCGUUAACUAUAGUGACAGUGUAUUUUCUCGUGUGUAAAUGAGAAAAUUGUUUUCGCUGUGUCUCCUAUAGUUCGAUGUUUGGAAGUCGUAAUUCGCUUCCCGUACUUAGUUGCGUGUAAGGGUCGAGUGACUGCUAAAUACUCGUGCCUCGUAACUGUGAUUAUCAGCCUUGUAUUGUGCUGUGGAUGUCACGUUGGGAGAUGUUCUCCUAGUUAUUUGUGGUAUUUUAUUAAUUACGCUCAUUAUAUGUUAACUUCGGUUACUCACUUUUUGUUUGUUCGAAACUGAACAUGAAGUCAGUAACUGAUAUUUUGAGAGAAGCUCAGGCUUUCGGUUUGAAUCCUGAAGUUAUUGAAAGAUUAUUAGAACAUGAACAAGCAAGAGACGAACGCGAGGAGCGAGCUUCUGAACGAGAGAUAAAAAAGUUAGAAUUAGAAUUAGAAGAGGCCGAUAAGCGCCGCUCUCACGAACUGGCUAUGGCCCAGUUAUCAUGUUCUAAUGCCGAAAGUAAGAGUACAUCUCUUCAAAUGUAUGAUAAUUUCCGAUUGCCUACUUUUCACGAUGGCCAAGAUGAGAUAGAUAGCUAUUUGCAAAGAUUUGAGCGGUUAGCUGCUCUACAUAAAUGGGAUAAACAAGAUUAUCACGUGUAUUUAGGAUCAGUUUUGAGAGGCCAUGCGUUGAAAGUAUACGUAUCAUUACCUGACGAGACGGUGAAAGACUACGAGAAGUUGAAAGAGGCUUUACUCAGAGCUUACUCGGUGGAUGCCGAUAGGUACAGACGUUUGUUCAGGGAGAGUAAAUGUGGGGAGAAAGAAUCUUACAUUCAAAUGGUAGUUCGAAUGGAGCAGUACUUAGACAGAUGGAUUUCCUUGAGUGAUAUUGAUAAGGAUUAUAAUUCACUUUUCGACUUCUUGGUCAGAGAACAGCUUCUUAAUAAUUGCAGUGCUGAUUUAAGGGUUUUCUUAAAAGAACAUCAUUAUAAUAGUGCUACCGAAAUGGCAGAGGCUGCGGAACGAUACAGGAGUGCGCAUAACUUUCGCGGUCGAUCGCAGAGGAUUUCUCAGCAAAGUAAGACUAAUGUAACGAAGGAUAGUGAACUGAUUUGCCAUGGAUGUGGUAAGGCUGGUCACAUUAGGCCUCAAUGUCCUGAAAAUCCUAGAAAUUAUAAGAAAAUAAGCACUAGCAAAGUUAACUUUGUUUUUGAGUCGGAACUUAAACCAAACAGGUGUAUAAUUGAUGAUAAUGGGUGUGUUUUCAAUAAACGAGCUGAAGUAAUGUUGGAUUCUGGUUGCUCUACAAUUGUUGUGAAGGACAGUCUCGUGCCAUCAAAUUACAAAUAUGGGAAACUCGUGAAGGUGUAUGAUUACUUGGGAAUUUCUAAUUAUUUUCCUCAGAUAAGGUGUUUUAUUAAGUCAAAGUUCUUUACUGGCUGGGUUAAUGCCAUAGCAGCGCCUAUAAAAUUUGCAGACAUAUUAAUUGGCCUUUUUCCAGGUGUUAAAAUCCCGCCUGACUCCAAACCUGCCAAUCUUGAUCUUGAUCCUUUCGAAUCGUCGGAAGAUUCUCGCUCCCCCCCUUCUAACUCUCCGAAUCAUUUGCCUAAGGAUCUGAGGUGUUUGCUGAAUAAAUUACGAUUGCAUGGCUUAACGGCUGGUAUAAGUAAGUGCUUCUUUGGGUAUAAUAAAAUAAAUUAUCUUGGAGUUGUUCUUGGAGAGAAUGUUAUUAAACCACCUGAAGACAGAAUUAAAGCUAUUGAGUUAAUGCCUUUGCCAGAUACCAAAAAGGAACUAAGAUCUUUUAUUGGAACAAUUUCAUACUAUAGAAAAUUCAUACCAAAAUUUGCUAACAUUAGUGCUCCUAUGAAUGAGCUACUGAAGAAGAAUUCAAGUAAUAAACUGAAUUGGAACAAUGAACAAGUUUCUAGUUUUCUUGAGUUAAAAUCCAAACUCUCGGAUAAACCAAUCCUGUCUCUUCCUGACUAUUCGAAGACCUUUUUCUUACGGUGUGAUGCUUCCGAGAAUGGCAUUGGGCGGUUUUGCUUCAGGAACAUAAUGGAACAAAGAUGCCUAUAGCUUAUGCUAGCCGAAAGCUACUUGAUAGGGAAAAGAAUUUUGCAACUAUUGAAAAGGAAUGUUUGUCAAUCGUUUGGGCUAUCAACAAAUUUAAAACUUACAUCUAUGGUAAGGAGUUUGUACUUGAAACUGACCAACAGCCCUUAAUUUAUCUCAGGAACAUGAGAAAUUCAAAUGGAAAAUUAAUGAGAUGGGCUCUAGCAUUACAAGGUUAUUCAUAUAGAAUACAAUACAUAAAAGGUAAAGAAAAUGUAGGUGCGGACGUUCUGAGCCGCUGUGUUAAGUAAAUGUUAUGUAAAUGACAUAAAAUCAUUAGAUUUUAUGCUUGGUUAUGGGGCAUUGUAAAGGUAUUCAAUAACAUAUUUACCUUGAUGUAUAAAUUAGAUUGUAUACUGUUGUGAUAUUGGGUAAUGAAGACCUUGUUAAUCCGAUUUUUAAGUACUACUAAAAUAUUGCGAAAUAUUUAUACAUAUUAAGGAUGUAUAUUUAAAUGUUUAUUUUCUUUGUUGAAAAGUAAGUUUCCUCGUACCCCCUUAUUGUAAUGCGCAUGCGCGUAGGUAUGCCUC